CUUACACCAUCAACAGAUACCUGAGGGAUUAUCAGCGAGAAGGCAUCAAGUUUAUUUUCAGUAACUACAGCCGUUCGAGAGGAUGUAUCCUGGGGGAUGACAUGGGCCUUGGAAAGACCGUGCAGGUAUACACUGAAACAGCCUGGAUAUUUAGUAAACGUGUUGGCCAGAGUGCAAGAAAAGGCACAAUAUGCUGCAUUUUCUGUUUGCUUGCCAAACGUGGAAGCAAAGGUACAAUUUGUUGCUUCAUGACUACGGUGGUUGAGCGGCUUGUCCAGUGACAGCAAGGUUGGUGGUUUGAAUCCCGGUUCACACUGUUUGUUUUCAAAGUGUUCUUGACACUGGGUCCAGGUCAACAUGGUAAAUUAGAUACUCUCCUCAAUUGACUUACCCGGUUCAACAAAGAAUAAAUAAAACCAAAUAAAUAAAAAACAGGCAGUAUGUUACUUUGUUUGUUAAUCUUGCCAGAGUACGAGAAGAAGCAUGAAAUGGUGCUUUAUUAUGUUGCUGAAGUGCAAGCAAAGGCCCGAUUUAUUGCUUCAUUUUGUUGCCAACCCACCAGUGAAGUGAAGGCUUAUGUGUUUUUUUCGGUUGUCUUAAGUAUGUGUGCUUGCUUGUUUGUCUUGCCAAAGUUCAAGCAAAGGCAGAAUAUUUUGCUUCAUUAUCUUGCCACAGCUCAAGUGAAGGUUUGUCAAAGUUAAACUGUAACAGGUCCUCGGUUUCCUAGCGGCUGCAUUGCACAAAAAAGGAACUUGGGAGGACAUUGAGAACAACAAGCCCGACUUUCUGCAAAGUCAGAUCCCAUCCAAGCCAAUGAAGCCAAAUAAACUUUUCCUGAUUGUGGCCCCGCUGUCAGUGCUGUAUAACUGGAAAGAUGAACUGGACACCUGGGGCCACUUCCAGUAUGCGGUGGUCCACGGGUUGAGGAAACAGGAGGAGCUGGCUCGCGUCAAGAAGGGCCGCGUGGAGAUCACGCUCACCACCUAUGACACUCUCCGCCUCUGCCUGACUCAAUUUAACAACAUCAUCUGGUCUGCGGUGUUUGUAGACGAGGCUCACAAGAUAAAGAAUCCAAACUCUCAAAUCACUCAAGCAAUGAAGGCUCUCAAAUGUCAGGUCAGAAUUGGCCUAACUGGCACCAUCCUUCAAAAUAACCUUGAGGAGUUGUGGUGUGUUAUGGACUGGGCAGUCCCUGGCUGUCUUGGCAACUUGGGCCAUUUUAAGAGCAAGGUAUCAGAUCCAAUUGAGCGAGGCCAGAGACACAGUGCAACCAAGCGAGCCUUAGCAACAGCGAGGAAGACCAUCAAAGACCUGGUGAGGAAGAUUUCCCAUUGUUUUCUCCGAAGGACCAAAUCGCUGAUCAAGGACCAACUCCCAAAGAAGGAUGACAGAGUGGUGUACUGCUGUCUGACUGAUUUUCAGCAGACAGUCUAUCAAACUGUACUGGACUCUGAAGAUGUGCAAUUGCUCCUGAAGUCUUCCGAGAAAUGCGAUUGCCAAAGCGGACGUUCUCGGAGGAGAUGCUGUUAUAAACUGAAUUCUGAGGGCGGGCCAGUAAAGGCACUAUACUUCACUUACCUGUCCAUCCUAAGGAAGGUUGCCAGUCACGUGGCACUGCUCCAGUCCACUGCAGGCACCAGUAAGAAACAGGAAAAGUGUGUCAGCGCUAUUUGUCAAAAGGUGUUCCAGACGUUUCCAGACUUUAAUCAGAGGUGCAAAGAGGAAGCAUUUGAGGCACUGUCGGACCCGAUGUACAGCGGCAAAAUGAAGGUUUUGCAUCGGCUCCUAAGAUUCUAUCUGCAAAAGAAAGACAAGGUGCUCCUCUUUUCACUGUCAACUAAGCUUUUGGACAUUCUGGAGAAUUACUGCAUGGCCGAGGGGCAUGACUAUAGCAGGUUGGAUGGGACCACCAAAGCCAAGGAGCGAGUCUGCAUCGUCAAAGAGUUCAACACCUCCUCUCACAUCAAUCUGUGCCUGGUGUCUACUAUGGCGGGAGGUAUUGGUCUCAACUUUGUAGGGGCCAAUGUUGUGAUAUUAUUUGACCCAACAUGGAACCCAGCCAAUGACCUCCAGGCUAUCGACAGAGCAUAUCGCAUUGGCCAGUGCAGAGACGUGACUGUUUUCAGGCUCAUCUCUUUGGGGACUGUGGAGGAAAUUACCUACCUCAGACAAGUCUACAAACAGCAAUUGCAGAGCUCUGUUGUUGGUGUGGAGAGCCCACGGCGAUACUUUGAUGCCGUGCAGGGCGCCCAUAAGGGGGAACUAUUUGGGAUCAAUAACCUCUUCAGGCUACAGACCCAAGGCACGUGCCUCACCCGCAAGAUACUUGAGCGUGAAGGACAAGUGGCGGCGGGUGUCAUGACAACCAGCACACACACAAAGGAGGAGGAGAAGACGCCAAGCGUUAGCGAAGCUGGAGAUGCAUCGAAGGAGAGCACGGGUGCAUCUAAGAUCCCCGGAGGGCUUCUGGACUUCAGUAGCGAGAGUGAUGAUGAUGUCGAAGAGGAGCGGGGACGUAUGAGUGGAGCGGGUGGCGUGGAUUCCUCCGCCCGGCCUGCUCCAACCAGUCUGCUGCAGCACGGUUUUGCCCAACUGCUCCAAUGGCUUCACGCCAUGCCGGAAUCAGGUGAAGGUGACACAAGUUCAGGUAGUGAGGGGACAAGCACUUCGACCUCCAAAAGCUUCAUUAAGGGAAGAAGCUCGUUAAUAAAUAUAAAACCAGGGCAGAAGUCAUGCAGGAGUAAUUUAGAAGUGAGCGACGAGGAGAGCGAUAGAAGUUCCAAAACUCCAUUGCAUCCCAAACAACGCCCCUUUGAACAUUAUUCCGAUGAGUCAGACGAUUUGGACAUUGAGACGCUCACACGAUCUAAGGAUGGUAGCCGGAAUUCUCACGAAAGCACAGUACGCAAAAUACAAAGAAGAAAAGGACCCAGUAAAAAGAGAAACAUAAACAGAGGCGCCAUGUUCACCGAGGACAUUGAGACCUGCACAACGUCAGAGGAUGAAGGCAUCACAAGUUCAGAUAAAGCCAAAGCAGGGCACUCAAAAGAUGGCUCAAGCAUGGGUCGACGUGAAGGUGCUUCAUUCACCUCUGUGAAAAGGCAAAAAUAUCCUUCAUGCACAGGAACCAUUGAUACCCUCUUAGGUGGGGUGCAGGAGGUGGCGUACACCCACUCCAACCAGCGCGUGGUGGGUGGGAGCAAAGCCGAGGAGUUGAUCAGUAGAGCCGCGGUGAAGGAUGUGUUUGAGCGCAAGAUGUACUCUCAAUUCCCUGCAAAUGAGGUUCUCACCCCCGAUGAGCAGAGCUUGCCAGAAACCCCACCCGACCACCAGCCUUGCCCCGCUCCUGUCACUUUCACCAAGAGCAUCGUGCAGCACACCAGAUGUAACACCUUCAUCUUGGGGGAGACCCCUCUGGCCAUACGUAGGCAGCAGCUGCAGGAGAUGGCGUCCAAGUUGAAUUUCCCCUCGGCCCAUCAGCUCGCCGCCGACGUUCUGAGUAGCGACUCGUCUCAGAGGCUCGAAUGGCUGAGACGCUAUUACGUCACUCUCGGCCACCCUGAACUUGCCAGCUUCGUCACCAGCAACUUCCAACUGCCAGCCCAGACCCCAUCUCCGAAAAACACCGUGACCAGAAGGCGUAAAUCCAACCAGAAGAGUCCUCUACCCAAGAAAAAAAGUCAGCUGAAAGGGCAAAAAAAUGCGGAGGAGUCUCCAAGUGAUGUUCCAAAUGUGGAUCCUGAAAAGCGGGAGGAGGCGGUCAGCCGUGCAAGACGUCAUGCGAGAACAAAGAAGGCUAGUGUGUCCAGAGCUGUUGGUGGUCUUGGUGGGUGUCAGGCCAGUAACCACAGCAGCAGUUGUCCAGAACCUCUAGAGCUGGCGGAGAUUCCCCUCAACGUGGAGCAAAAGUUGACUACAAUAGUUCAAGAACACUCUGAAAAGACUCCCCCUCAAGAACAGUCCUGCAUUCUUACAGAACUCUUGGGCGACACCUCCAUCCUGGAUGACUUGUUCAAAUCCAAGGGUCCCCCCCAAAAACCGUCCACCUCAGUCCUAGAUUCUCCCACUUCAUCUAGAAGUUCUGUAAACACGGGUACACGAGAAAAAACAGCAAGACGAGGCUGCAGGGACUUCUGGGACAUUUUGAACGAGGGCAACGAAGAGAGUAUCAAUAGGCUCACAGACCUGGACGAGGUGCAGAGAGUUUGCCUCAAAACCAAUUUGGCAGCUCGAGCUAAUUCUGUGGAGGAGAGCAAAAGUCUCUGGAAGACCAAUGACAAGUUUAUAUGGAAGAAAUAAAUCUUUUAUGAAUGUUUUGACUACUAUUACCGAUUUUGCUCUGACCAUCCAAUCAGCAGGUGAGAAAAUGCUGAUGUUAGAUAAAUUUGAAAUCUGAUGACUUAAAACUGCUCAUUUUUUUAAAGUCAUAUUUAGGCCAGAAGAGAAGGUAUUUUUUGCCCACCACUGCAAAAACAAUGUGCUUAUUGUUUUGCAGUUUUUCUUUACUGAAGGUCAAUAUUUAUCUUUCUUUUUAAUUUUUUUUAAAAUUUUUGCGAACUGUGAGAUAUGAGAUGAAAACAGACAAAGAGGGGUUCUUGGUAUUUAUUUGAAUAAACUCACAUUCCAUUUGA